GCACUUUGAAAAUUCCCAGCAGAGGACAUUGGGGAUGUUGGCAGCACUUUGAGGGGUGGGGGGAGCAGAAACAGGGCACAUCUUCUGAAGUCAAGAGGCAACGUUACCAGCUCCUGUGUGGCCAAGAGACUCUGAACCCUGUCUCCGUUCAUUCGGCCCCUUGACGUUGCGUAAGGCUUGGUGGCUGGGCAUUUUCUUCACGUAUGCGGAAGAAAUUGGGAUCCGAAGGGGAGCUGGUUGAACUGAGGCGAGGACAAAAUGGCCGCCGAGCGAGAGGCAGUGGCCUCUUCGGGCCGGCUCCCGUACGAGGCUGUGGGAGACAAGGGGGUGAAAACGGAAGAGCUGGACCCCACGGGCCUUGCGCCGUCGGAGGGUACGAAACGAUCCAGAAAGGCCCCUCACUUUACCCAAGCCGGAACCAUCGGAGAAUGUCUUAGCUGGGCAGCGGCAAAACAAGCGGAACGUGACCUGGACGAUGGGUUGCUGUCCCACUGCUGGGAAGCCCAGUGGCAAGAGUUCUUACGGACGGUGCAGCCUCCUUCUUCAGGGUGGAGCAACUCACAGGUCUCGGGGGGGCCACUUCCGGCCCCCUGUGCCGCAUCGGCUGGUGUUUACCAGGGACCUGCCAUGCGAGAGGGAGCGAGUGGACUCCUGCUAGGCCUCAGGGAGGGGUCCCCCGAGGCCAAUCCCAACGCAGACCCUGGAGAGGAAGCGGACGACGAAGACGCCAUCAAGGGGGAGGCCCUGCCUGAGGAAGCCCUCAGCGCCGAGAUGCAGCGGCAGCGCUUCCGGUGGUUCUGCUACCAGGAGGCUGAGGGACCCCGGGAGGUUUGCGCCCAGCUCCGGGCGCUCUGCCUCAAGUGGCUGCGGCCUGAGCUGAACCCCAAGGAGCAGAUGGUGGAGCUGAUCGUCCUGGAGCAGUUCCUGGCCAUCUUGCCGGAGGAAAUCCAGAGCUGGGUCAGUGAAGGUGGGCCGGAGACCUGCACCCAGGCGGUGGCCCUGGUGGAAGACUUCCUGCUCAGGCAGCAAGAGGCCGAGAGGUGGAAGCAGGAGGUGCUGGGAGAAUUCGAGGAGGUGGCGAUGUGUUUCUCCAGAGAAGACGAUGCUGAAGAAAGGCAGCCGUUCCGGGAGAUCAAACAGGAGGGGGCCAGCUUGCUGGCAGCCGGCGGGUGGGACAGCGAGGAUGAAAGAGCGUCAUUCGAGAUGUCGUUGGAAAGAAUCGAGCCUCGAGACCCGGAAGAAGGCCUUGUAGAUCGCGAGGGAGCCAGGUGGGAGCAGAUGGACAAGAGAGAGAAUAAAUCCAUCCUUUGCCAGAAUGGCAACUCCGGUGAGACCGCAGUCCAGCACAGACUCUACGCGGGAAAGAGAAGGCAUGUGUGCAGUAUCUGCGGGAAAGCCUUUACUCAAAAGUCAAACCUCAACAGACACCAGAGAACCCACAUGGGAGAAAAAAAGUUUCAGUGUUUGAAAUGCGGGAAAAGCUUUAACUGGGAAACAAGCUAUAUGAGGCACCAGAGAUUUCACACGGGUGAGAAGCCUUUCCCCUGUUUAGACUGCGGGAAGAGCUUCAGUCGAAGUGCAAACCUGAUUAUCCAUCAGAGGAUUCAUACGGGAGAGAAACCACAUCGGUGUACAGACUGUGGGCAAAGCUUUAGUCAGAUCUCUAACCUUGUUAGACACCACAGAGUCCACACAGGAGAGAAGCCUUAUAAAUGCUUAGAGUGUGAGAAGAGCUUCACUCAAAAAUCGAACCUUAUCAAACAUCAAAGUGUCCACUCGGGGGACAAGCCCCACAGAUGUUCAAAUUAUGGGAAAAGGUUAAAUCAGAGACCGAAUCGCAGUAGACUAGAGAGGACUCCCCUCGGUGAAAACCCGUGUAAAUGCUUCAAGUGUGGGAAGGUCUUUUCUCGGAGAGGGAACCUUCUUAGACAUCAGAGUAUCCACACAAAAGAUAAACCGCAUAAAUGUCCAGAGUGUGGGAAACGGUUCAACCAGAGGACAAACCUUAAUGCUCAUCAGAGAAUCCACACUGGAGAGAAACCAUACAGAUGUCCAGACUGUGGGAAAAGCUUCCGGUGGAGGGCCCAUCUCAUGAUACACAAGAGGUUGCACACUGGGGAGAAGCCGCACAAAUGUGCCGAUUGCGGACAGAGCUUUAGUCAGAGAUCCAACCUUGUUAGACAUCACAGAAUUCACACCGGAGAGAAGCCAUUUAAGUGCUCGGACUGUGAGAAGAGCUUUGGUCAGAAAUCAAACCUUAUUAAGCAUCAACGAAUUCACACAGGAGAGAAUACAUUCAAUCCGAGGCCAAGCCGCAUUAGACGGGAGAGAAUGUUCGUGGGAGAGGAUCCGUAUAAAUGUUUCAGAUGUGGGAAAAUAUUUUCCCGGAGAGGGAAUCUUCUUAGACAUCAGAGCAUACACACCAGAGAGAAACCACACAAAUGCGCCGAUUGCGGGAAAAGGUUCAAUCAAAGAACGAACCUCAUCAGCCAUCAGAGGAUCCACACAGGUGAGAAACCUUUCAAAUGUUUGGAUUGUGGGAAAAGCUUUCGUCAGAGCCCACACCUUAUUAAGCAUCAGAAAGUCCAUACGGAAAAGACAUCAUACGGAAGUUUAAAUUAUGAGGAAAAUGUCGAUCAGGAGUCAAAUGGUGGUAGACAGGAGAGAAUCUAUAUGAGGGAAAACCCAUACGAAUGUCCUAAGUGUGGGAAAAUCUUCAAUUGGCAGUCAAACUUCAUUAGACAUCAGAAAAUUCAUGCUGGUGAAGAGCCUCAUAAAUGCUCUGACUGUGGGAAAAAAUUCAAUCAGAGGAAAAACCUCAUUGCUCAUCAGAGAAUCCAUAUGAGAGAGAAGCCCUACAAAUGCACAGACUGCGGGCAAAGCUUCACAUGGGAAGCACACCUUGUCAUCCAUCAAAGAAUCCACACAGGAGAGAAGCCUCACAAAUGCACAGAGUGUGGGCAGAGCUUCAGUCAGAGGUCCAACCUUAUCCGACAUCAGAGAGUCCACACAGGCGAGAAGCCCUACAAAUGCUCAGAAUGUGGUCAGAGUUUCAGUCAAAGAACGCACCUUGUUGUACACCAGAGAAUCCACACGGGGGAGAAACCGCACAAGUGCUUGGAGUGCGGGCAAGGGUUCAGUCAAAGGGCACAUCUGAUUGUGCAUCAGAGAAUCCACACAGGAGAGAAGCCACAUAGGUGCACGGACUGUGGGCAAGGCUUCUGUCAAAGGUCCAAUCUUAUCAGACAUCAGAGAUCCCAUGCCUGCGAGAAAAAAUAGAGCGGCUGAGGCUGCAGGAAAGCUCACGUUGUCUUAGUCAGCCAAAGAUACACAGCGAGCAGAAUUCUGAAUACUUGGAUGAUGGAGAAAGCUUUUUCUCUGCGGACCCCCUGCCCCCGAGGACGGGCCCAAAACUGUGAAAUACACAGGCUGAGUGAGACACUUCCAUGAAACCAUCAAUCUUGUUCAGCGUUGCGACAUCUCGUGAGAAGAGAAACCAGGAGGUGACAGCUGUGCCUGGCGCCUCCUUCUCCUAAGCCUUGCAAAGUACCAGCCGCAGCCAAAGCCUGCCAAGGGCCGGUUCUGCUGCCUGGGGAGAAAGGGCACUCUUUGCAAUGUAACACCAGUGCUACCGGAAAACCUUUCCACCGUAGGCUUGGCGGGGAGUGGGGAACCCAGUAGCCAUUGGAGAUUAUGCCCUUUUGCGCAGGCCAUCGGGGGGGCCCUCCAGAUGUUUUGGACUACAACUCCCAUCAUCCAUGAUCAUCAUUCCUGACCCUGCUGACUGGGGACAAUGAGAGUUGUCUGCCGCUGCUCUCAGCAAACUUGGGAAUGCUCCUUGUUUUGGAUUCUACAUUUGUUUAUUUCCAUUGCCGCCUUCUUAAAUUCACCUCAAGGUUCUAGUAUUUACUGGCCCUGUUCAGAAGACAGGUUUAAGGCGUCUUCCGAACAAGGCGACUCUCUGCUCUACUGGCACUAAACUCCUAGCCAAGUCUAAAAUCUCCAUCUGUCUCCCAUCCUCUUUGCUUCUCAUCGCUGGAAUGUGCGACGUAACAAACCCUUACGCUAGGCCCACCGCAUCAACCCUCCCCAGGCCAAGCGCCACCACCUGAAAACCUGAGGGAGAGUUAAAUAAAACCUUUCCCCUAGCUAUAAGGGAAACAGGUUUAAUUCAGGAUCUGCUCUAAAUAUACUGUGGGUAUAAUCUGGUGUGGGUGUUUAAUAACUGUAAGGCAGUUAAAUAAUGCCAAGCUGACACGUGGUAUUUGGUAGCUCACGAAAUUGUUAUUUAAAAGCUUUAAAUCAAAAUAUAAUACUUUCAUUCCUGCCUGAUCUAAAUUCUCCACACACCAACCACCCCUCUCUCUACCAAUCCUAAGUCCCUAGAAUUGAAACUCUUCUUACUCUACGACUAAACAAUUCUCCUCACGCGCCCUCAAACUCACUUACCUCACAAACUCCCAACCCUCUCCUUAUAUACUCCUCUUCCCCCCCACACACCUAUUACAUCACAAACCACACCCACUCAGUUCUAACAUUCCAUACUUACCAGACAUACUAAUUCAGACAUAUACAAGAUACUCAAUUGUGGGGUAAAGCCACAGAAUGUCCUGCUACUUCCCUUCUAACUCUCUCUCUCUUUCUUUUGCUGCCACUUUCCAGCUUCUCCACUUCCCAAUACUCUCCUCCCUGGACUAAAUCCUGCAUCCCCCUCUCUCGCAGUCCCUUCCUAACGUGUCCUUUUACUCGAUUGUAAGCCUGCGGGCCGGGACUGCCUUCUCUUUGCCACCGCUCAGCACCCGGCUUGUGGAGGCGCUUUGUGAAAUAAUAUGAAUAACAAUAAACGAACCUUAAAAUACGGAGAA